CGCGCGAGUGAACGAGCGAACGAGCGAAGGAAGGAACACGCUCUCGGUGAAGUCGCCGAUUCGAAUAUCCGUCGCAGUCGCGGAUGCUCAGUCGAAGCAGCGGGAUCGAGAGCAGGAGAGGCGAACAAAACGCGAUCGCGAUCGAUCGCGAUCGAUCGAUAUUUUUUGGUGUCCCGUGUCGAUUUUAUUAUUGGACAGUGAUAUAAGGUGCUAUUGGAAAUUUCGAAAGAUCUUCCUUCCUUUAUCGUGACAUAUCUUCAAAAAAUUGAUCGAAUGAUUUAUCAUUGAUCUUUAUAUCGAAAAACAAGCUGAUUUUAUGUUUGUAAAUAAAUAAAUAUAGUUGUAAUAGUGAUCUCUGGGUAAUCUUUGAUAUUAUUGAAUUACCAUUCAAAUCGAUUUGAAAGAUAUCGAUCUUUGGAGGAGGAUCUAUGAAGUUACGAUUCAUCAAACGAACACGCUUUUAAGUUUACAAUGAGAUGAUUGCUACUUAGAAAAUCAUUUAAAGCUAUCGUACGAUUAAUAUUUUUCAUAGUGACGAAAGAGAUAGCAAUCAAAGCGUUAAUUGGAAAUGGAGAGACCUUGAAUUUGCCAGCACAGAUAAUAACAUCGCACAAUUGGCUUUCGUGCUCGAAAGAAGAGGAUUCAACGACUGUUCUUCUUCGUAUGUAUAUAGGACCAUUUCCGGUGUCGAUCCUCGCGAGAUGUGGACGAGCAGGAGCAUGGGUCUCCUGAUAACGACAAUGAUCGUUCUGAUUGGCGAUCGAACGACGAAUUCUCAAAAGCCUCGUCUUGGUGGUGCCGUAAACGUCUUCACUCGCUACGGUUACCUCAGCAUCAGUAUGAGGGUUGUGCCGCGUAACGACACGGACACUUGGAUAUUUCGCGAGCCAACUUUGGAUGUCUUUAGGAAUCCAAUGGCAAUGCCACCGAAUCAAUUACAGCAAGGAAAAUCUAUGACGAGCGUAUUCGAUGGUGAUUUUCACAUGGAAUUUUGUGACAACGUAAGACAACUCCUACAGGCAUACUUCCGUGAUUUCGCUUUCGAGAAAUUAGAAAGACCCUGGCGAGCGUUCACUGGCAGUUGGUCCAAGGCCGCCAUAGCUAGGCAUCUUGGUAUCAACUCGUCUUUCAUCGGUGGUGAUUAUUGUUAUGUCCUUGUACGGGUCGCCAGAUUUCGAGAUAAUCAGAAAUUAGUUGCCACUGCUGAAUCUUUACUCCUUGAUGAAGUUGUACUCAGGGAAACAGAAAACGUCACAGUUGGUGAUACCUUUAGUGUCGUUAACUUCAUCAGGAAUUAUGGCUCUCAUUAUAUCGCUUCUUAUAUCACUGGAAAUUCACUCUAUCAGGUAUUUGUUUAUACCCCUCAAGUAUAUCUACGUAUAAAAGAACGUUUAAAAACACGGGGUGUCUCGGAGCUUUCGACCUUGGAACUGAACAAUUAUUUCUCACCUUGGUACGCUGAACACAUGGGUGCCAUACAAUCUGCUAGUGGUAAUCGUUCAGUAGAAGCUUGGGCUGUCGAGAGACUCCGAAUACAGUAUUACAUCUUCUCGUAUGCGAGCUUGCUGAAGCUUCAUGGUGAUGCGGCCUUGCUUAGACAAUUGGAUGGCUUGCUCGGAAACGAGGCACUAUUACAACUCCAACUUCGUACCUUGGCGCCAGUUUUUAAGGAUUCGAAGAGACGCGAGUGGUUCCUAGAAGUGAUCGACAAUUAUUUUAAGCUUUGGGAAGUGAACAUGUGAAGAGAUGAUCAAAUUGCGACUCGACGAGAAUGCUACGUCGUAAAGAAAAAGGAAAAAAGAAAAAAAAAAAAA